CGUCCGGCUAAGUGUGUGUCCUUAUUAAACAGACAUAGCACUGUGAAAUAGCAGCCAUGGCCAGCGUCCUCCGUCAGCUCGGGCUCCAAGCUCUGCGCUCGGUCCAGCCGCAGGCGCAGCAGCAGACGCAGCUAGCUCUACGCAGGGGAAUGGGUGGCUAUGCUAAGCCCAAGGUGGACACCAGCCUGGACCACGUCUUCGGCGACAACAGCAACAAGCUCAAUUACAACUUCGAGCCGAUGGGCAUGGGCUCGCUGUUUAUUCGCACCAUGGUCAUGGUGGGCGUGUUCUUCUUCCCUGUCUUCAUCAUGAUUAACGACGAUUACAAGUACACGUCCUUCCUCGACAAGGUGGCUGCCGCUAAGGCUGCCAAGUCGUCGGAGUAAGGCGCGCUGGAGCCCAGGCCCCGGAAGGAGCGGCACGGGGAAGUGCGCGGGGAAAGGCGCACAUUGCAGCAGCAGCUGGCGAGUUGAGGAGCUGCUGAGGCGGACGGAGCGCACUGCAGCUGCUGCAGUAGAGUUUAACAGCAGGGGAAGGGGGAUUUGGGCAGUGAAAGCACGGGGGGGGAUGCUAGGGUUGCGGCGGAGGCAGCGGCUGCCGGCGAAGCAGCCGGGGGAGGGGGAGCAGCACGGCGCGAGGCACGGGUGUCACCCUGGAGCCGCGGAAGGGGCUGAAGCAGAACGGCGGCAGGCCCGGCGUUACAUGCUGGCGGCGGCGUUGCCGGCGUGGGGAGGGUCCUUCAAGCGCCCUUUCAGUUCAGGGGCUCGCCCACCUCAAUAGCUGCCUAGCAGGACCGGGCGCCCGCCUCUGACCGCAGCGGGCACCCGCUUUCGUGGUGAUACCAGGCUGGGGCGCGGCCGCAAAUGCCGCAGCCAGGCGGAGAUGCAGCCGGAGUCAGUCCCCGAGCCCGCAUGCCCUCCCUGCCCAGCAGACCAGUGCGGCGGUGCCCUGGGCUAAAGUCCGUCGCCUACGGCUACACACUCUGCCGCUACAGCAGCACCACAGCCAGACAUGUCGCAGUCCCAGUAGCCAGUCAGCCGCCUCAGCCGCCGCGCUCUCAGCAGGCGUGUGUGUGUGUACGCCGCGAUGUCGCCGCCAGGCGCUCUCGCUCUCAGUCGUCGCGGUCGUCGUCGUCGUUGCCUCCGGAUGUCUCGCUGGAGAUGAGCACGCCCACGGUCUUGCCGUCACGCUCCAGGGUGUACAGCGCGGCCAGGUGCGACUCCACCAUACGGCCUGUGUGUAUGGGGUGGGGUGGGCGUGGGGUAGGGUGGUGCGGGGACGGCGGUGGCAGUGGAGGCGGCGGCAGUGGGGACGCUGUUGUCGCGUGGAGAAGGCGGCAGCGGCAGUGGGUGCGUUCGGGCGUGGGCGGGUUGCUGCGUGAGUCUCAGCCUCAUGCUAGGGCGGGUGGAGCUGGUGAGGGGGCACAGCUGUGCUGUUGGCGUGGUGCUGCCGGCUGUGGCCGGAGGGUUUAUGUACACUUCAAGCUUAUUUUCAGGAUCGUGUGACAGGCUUAAUUGAGUCCCAUGUGCUCGGGGCCAGUACUUGGUUGCGGGGCAAGUGUGUGACGUUCGUAGGUAGAUGAGAGUUUGUCCUCACGUGUUUCUGCAGCGCACACAUUCUUAAACUCACGCAACUGCAUGUCAACACAACACACACGCGCAACGCAACGCCCAACGCACCCGCGAAUAUGAAGGGCAUGCGGCGGUGCGGCCAGUCCACGGCGUCACUCAGGAGGUCCUUGAACUCGGGCCAGGAGAGCAGCGGCUGGCGCGCAGCCUCGGGGGAGGCGGCGUCGGGCUGGCGCAGUCGCGUCACCACGUCCGCGUGCACCAGCGCUGCGAAGCCUGCGUGCGUGCGUGUGGUGCUUUGAGUUUGAGGCAUCGUGCGAUUGCGUGUUGGUGUGGUGUGUUCAUGCGGUGGAGGCGCGAUGCAUGCCUGGUGAGUAGGAAGGCGUGGCAUUUCAGGUGAUGUAGGCGUUGCGGCUGAUUGCUUGCAGAUUUCUAGUUAGUAGACAGGCUGACAGGGUCGCAGCAAGGAGCAUGUCGGCACAUGAGCAAGUCUGGCGCGGCGUUGUUGUAAAGAUCAUGGCAAACGGCAACGCGUGAAGACCACAGGCCGCAUGCGCUGACGCGCACCUACCUGA